CGUCCCUGGCGACCUAACAAGCUGAAUUCCGCCAGCCGGAUGGCGGCGUUUUAAAGCUGAACGAUCGAUGUUCUCCCUUGAUGUUCUCAUCUGCUCGGUCACGUUCCUGAAAAUAGACAGAACGCUUUUCUUGCAACAGAGCGUGUGGAAGAUGAGCAGGACCCAACUGCCAGUGUCAUCCGACGUGCCUCAAAUCGCGGUACUGUUCGCGAUGACAUCUACUCGUGCUACUAGCUUAAGAAGCCACGCGUGCUAUCCACUGUGUUUCCUUUCUGCGCACCGCAAGGAUGUCCGCGAUUUUUACAUCGGCUCUUUUUUGGCUGGCUGUGGACCUCCUACUUGCGGUUGCGAACGGGCAAACGACCAACGCGACCUGUCAGGCGGGACACAAUUGGGCCUUCAAUUCACAGAAACAGAGUCCUUGUCUUGUCGCGGCCCAGUUGAUAGCGGUCUGCUCGCCAGCGUAUGAGGUGUAUGCGCUGCCGGACAGUUACCACUACGAAGGGCCCAGCGGUACCGACGCGAACCCGUGUCAGUGCAACACGGUCGUCUAUUCCCUCCUGGCAGAAUGCGGUCUAUGCCAGGGACGCAGCAUCUCACAGCUCAGCCCCGUUACAGAUGGAGUCUUUGGGAGGUCAACUGCGCAUCGACUACCGCAACAUUCCCUGAACCCAUUCCGUCUGGUGUGCAUGUUCCUGGUUGGGCCUUUCUGGACGUUCAGGCGAGCAACUUGGCUAACGUCCGAUUCCUUCAAUGAAUUGAACGCACUAAACAGUGCCAAUCUGACUGAAUCCACGAUGAUUCCUUUACCGAGUAGCACACUUGGGACUGGGACGUCUGCAUCGCCUACACCUACAUCAGCCGCGCUAGAAAAUUCGGCAAAUGCGAUGCAAAGGCAUGCAAAUGCCGUCGGUGGCGGUGUUCUGGGUGGUGUCGCCGCGUUAUUGCUCGUUGCCGGUGUCUCGUUCUGGAUCCGACACCGCAAGCAGAGAUUGGCUCGCCAGGGACAAGUUCUCCGCUCGCCGGUGAUGGCUGAGCGCACAACAGGCGCACUCACCAAUACGCUCGAUGUUCCUUCGAUAACUGUUUCCUCAAUGCAUCAGGCGUCCAGUUCAAGCUCCCUUCCAUCAGCAUCAGCAGUCUGAUCCUAUGUCUAUCGCGUCAAUCUCCCACCUUCGUUCCUCCUGUCAUUCUUUUAGAUUCACUAUUGCCUUCCAGUACAUGAUAUCACCCUCCAA